GCUCUACUCUGCUUCUUUCCAGCCCUCCGAGAUUCAUACGAAUUGUUGGUUGACUUCGGGUUCUUCCUCCGCGGGCGGUCUGCCUCCACUGCCGGUAGGCUACGUGGAAGUGACCCAUCAGUCCAGUAAGUAAGAGACAGACCUCCUUCCCGGAUCUCUCGAGAUUCCGCCAGGCAGAAGGAACGGAGGGAAGCGGCGCAAAGCUGCUGCUGCACACGUAACCGUGGGCCUGUAAUUUUUCGGCGUUUGUGGGAAGGCGACCUUUAUCCCGCCCGCAAUUAACAAGGGAGCGCAGCUGACUGCUGCCGGUGCGGCACAUGCCCACCGCCAUGUCGAAAGUCGAGGAAGAUGACCACGUGGAGAUGACUUCUGGACACGGGAAGGAAGAGGUGGCCCAGCUCAAUGGCUCAGGUGCACAGAAAAGCAGUUCCAGCGUUGCGGGCGCCAUGAGUGACAUGGUGGCAAAGGACAAGCUUUUGGCGCUCGUCGGCUCGGCACAGGAACAAGAAGAAAACAGAAAACGAUUGGAUGAAACUUUUAACGGAACAACGGGACUGGCUAAAAGCCUCAGAGUCGACCUAAGCCAGGGGCUAGCUACGGAACAGGUGGAACUCCUGCGGGAAGCGUACGGGGCCAACGCUUUUCCGGAGAUCCCGAUGAAGAGUUUCUGCAUGCUGUUCGCGGAGGCGUUCAACGACACUAUUCUUCUGGUGCUGAUCGCGGCCGCCGUCGUAUCGCUCAUCAUCGGGAUCAUUGAUCACCCCGACGUCGGAUGGAUCGAUGGAGUCGCGAUUCUCAUCGCCGUGCUUAUCGUGGCUCUGGUGACGGCUGGCAACGACUACAGCAAGGAGCUGCAGUUCCGUGCGUUGGAGAAGACUUCGGAGGAGGGUAUUCGGGUCAUGGUGCUGAGGGACGGUGCUUCGCAGCUGGUACAUCCCGAGGCACUCGUCGUGGGCGACGUUGUGAUUAUGAAACCCGGGGACGGCAUCCCCGCGGACGGCCUGCUCUUCGCCGGAGAGGGGGUUAAGAGCAACGAGUCGGGACUUACGGGAGAGCCUGACGACCUCACCAAGCGGGCGGAAGCCGACUGCUUCCUCUACAGCAGCUGCAUGCUGACCGAGGUCGGUCAAAGCGCCGACUGCAAGAUGAUGGUGCACUCGGUGGGAGAGCAGUCCCAGUGGGGCCUCAUCAGGGCCACCCUCGUGUCGGAGCCGCAACAGACGCCUCUGCAGGAGAAGCUCGACAACAUGGCCAAACUCAUCGGGUACAUCGGGGUGGCCUUCGCGGUGGCCACCUUUACCGCCCUCGUUGUGAUGAUCUGGGCCAAGCACGACGGCGAUGAGGUUCUGGAGAGGGUGGUCGAGGCUUUCAUCAUCGGUGUCACCAUCGUGGUGGGGCUUCCCCUUGCCGUUACGAUUUCGCUGGCGUACUCGACGAGAAAGAUGUACAAGGACCAGAACCUCAUCCGCGUGCUGGCCGCGUGCGAGACCAUGGGGAACGCCACCAACAUCUGCUCAGACAAGACCGGAACCCUUACGGAGAACCAGAUGACCGCCGUGGAGGGGUGGUUCUCGGACAAGAUUGUCCGUGGCGCUGACAUCAAGCGGGCGCAGUCGUUGUCGCCAUCGUCGCUCGACCUGGUGUCGCAGAACAUCGCCAUCAACCGCUCCUGUACUGUUCGGUUCAAGGACGAGAACGGAGACGAGCUGCACAAGCCCAAGGUGAUCGGUAGCGCCACGGAGGGGGCCCUGGUCAUCCUCGCUGCGGAGUGGGGCUUCAAUGCGGCCAACGUCAAAGACACGUUCUUCAACUCGGAACGCGACUGCGAGUACCCAUUCAACUCUGCCAAGAAACGGUCGAGCGUUCUCAUCACCAACCCGGACGGAACCCUGCGCCUCUACAGCAAGGGGGCAAGCGAAACGAUUCUUGCGGACUGCACGCGCCACUCGACUCAAUCUGGGGAGAUCGUGGACAUGACGCCGGAGAAGCGCCAGGAGCUCGAGGGUCUCAUCUUGAGCAUGGCCAACAAUGCCCUCCGUACCCUAUGCCUGGCGCACAUGGACUACGCCUCAACGAGCGAUCUCGACGAGGGCUACGAGAUUGACAGCCCUGAUGCGGACACGAUGGUGCUGGACGCUGUGGUGGGCAUCAUGGAUCCUCUCCGCGGAGAUGUGACGGAGGCCGUAGCGACUGCGCAGAGUGCCGGUGUCAUGGUGCGAAUGGUCACGGGCGACAACAUCAACACCGCCAAGGCUAUCGCCAAGGAGUGCGGGAUCUACGACCCUGACUACGGGGUUGCCCUCGAGGGACCGGACUUCCGGGCCAUGUCUCCGGCACAGGUGGAUGAGGUCCUCCCCCGACUUCAGGUGCUGGCACGCUCCUCUCCCAAUGACAAGUACCUGCUUGUGACACGGCUCAACGGCAACGGAAUACCCGCCAAUGAGGAGGAGUGGAGGAACUUGCACGACAAGGACGGGGACCUCGGGCUGUCCUGGGACGCGCACAAGGACCUGCUGCUCCCCGGAUACAAGGAGGAGUGGAAGCGCCAGAACAAGUCGGGCGAGGUUGUGGGCGUGACCGGCGACGGCACUAACGACGCGCCCGCCCUUAAGGCGGCGGACGUGGGUCUUUCCAUGGGAAUCACCGGGACGAAAGUGGCCCAAAACGCGUCCGACAUAGUCAUCCUGGAUGACAGGUUCUCUUCCAUUGUGAGGGCUAUCAUGUGGGGCCGGGGGGUGUACGACAACAUCCGCAAGUUCCUUCAGUUCCAGUUGACCGUCAAUGUGGUGGCUCUUCUGAUCGUGUUCAUCGGGGCUCUCUCCGGCAAGGACCCCCCCCUCAACCCCCUCAUGAUGCUCUGGGUCAACCUCAUCAUGGACACCAUGGGCGCCCUGGCGCUGGGUACGGAGGCACCGACGCUUGCACUGCUGGACCGCCGCCCCUACAAGCGGAACGCCCCGCUCAUCAGCAGGCCCAUGUUCCGCAACAUCAUGGUCCAGUCCACCUUCCAGCUUAUCCUGCUGCUGUGGCUCCUGUACGACAUCCACACUCUGUUCCCCGGUGUCCAGAAGGACAACGCGUGCAAGGCUUGGGACAUCGGGGGGGAGGACGGCAGGGAGAUUGCCGGAUUGUAUUGCCAGGAUUACACGGACUAUGUGGAAAACACAUGCACGGAUGCGAGAGAGUACAUUUGUUAUGAUGAGUUCUUCGACACCUCCGGCGACUUCUUCACGAACGACGAGGACGUGGACACGUUCUACGACGAUUGUGACAUGGAGUGUAGCAAGAACGACUACACACACUACACCAUCCUGUUCAACGCGUUCGUGUUUUGCCAAGUCUUCAACGAGCUGAACGCCAGAUCCAUCUUCGACGAUUGGAACAUUUUCAGGGGGUUGCACAAUAACCCCCUUUUCGCUGCGGUGAUUGUUGUUACCGUCAUUCUCCAGUUUUUGAUCGUGGAGAUGGGUGCAGAGUUUACCAAGACCGCUCACCUGAGCAGCAAGGAGUGGCUCGUAACGGUCGCCCUGGGAGCGAUCGCGUUACCCCUCGGGGUAUUUAUGCGUUUCAUCCCCGAAAAUCCGUCCAGCUUUUGCGGGUAUGCCACCCCGAAAGAACAACGACUCUCGUCUGCUGCUCCAGGAGGUGCCCCACACGUGUGAGGUGUUUGAUACUUGUAGUAUUGGUUGCGGUCGUCUCUCUCUGUUGGGGAAGUUAUCUACCGCGGUACGAUGUUUGGGCACGAGUCUGGUGGCGUGGGUGGCAGCACUCUCGCGGAUGUUUGGAUGAAUGCCUUGAAGUCGUCGUUCCUUACAUGAUGAAGGUUGUUGUUUGAGUUGUUUGACCCUGGGGGGGGUGAUGACGACGCAGACAGUCGUGCCCGCAUGAGGUGUUUCGUGGAGAGAUGAGAUGAGGUCGAGGCUGGGCGGGCGGGCGCACGCGCGCACGCACCGAAACGUGUACAGCGCUUCGGGUCAGGUCAGUUUAGGAUAGGACGUCUGUUUUGCUCACCAUUUUAUUGUCGGGGG